AUGAGCACCAUGAACAACAUCCUCAUAACCGGAGGUGCUGGCUUCCUAGGCCCUAUGCUAGCGGCCAAACUCCUCAAGGAAGGCACCAACAGUGUGGUACUUACAGAUCUGCAAACCCCUCCACAGCCAGCUGGCGUAACCGACGCUUCAAAUCUGGAACUCGCAGCAUCCAACCUUACCGUAGCAGACGACAUCAAACGCCUCCUCUCCUUGCGCCCACAAUGGAAUGCCAUCUUCCUUUUCCACGGCAUCAUGUCCCAGGGAUGUGAGGACAACCCAGCACUAUCAACAAAAGUCAACCUCGAAGCCACACAAGCGGUGAUCGCAGCUAUUUCGCAACUCCCAGGCCCCAAGCCAAGAAUCGUGUAUGCUUCAACACAAGCCGUAUACGGCCCUCCUUAUACGACCAACGGCACCAUCACAGACGACACACCCGCCACGCCCAUUGGCGUCUACGGCACACAUAAGUUGAUCAUGGAGAACCACAUCAACGAUCUCAACCGCCGCGGCAUCAUCGACGCCUUCGCCGUGCGUUUACCCACAGUCGUAGUCCGACCGGGCGCCCCAAGUCGCUCCGCAGCAUCCUUCCUUAGCGGUAUGCUCCGCGAACCCAUGGCCGGCCUCGAAUGCAUCGUGCCCAUCGAAGACAAGGCCGCGCGCCAGAUGAUUUGCAGUCCGCGCGUCAUGAUCGAGAACUUUGUGCGUGUGAUGCGCGCUCCCAACGACGCCAUGCCCGCGCACAUCCGCGCGGUAUACAUGCCUGGAAUCUCGGUGACCGUGGGCGAGAUGUACGAUGCGUUUGUGGAAGUUUGUGGCAAGGAGAAGUUGAGCCUGUUGCGCACGCAGAGGGAUCCGGACGCCGAGCGGUUGCUGAACAGUUGGCCGCAGACAGCGGAGUUUGGGAAUGCGACGAGGAUGGGCUUAUUGUUUGAUGAGAACUGCGUGCAGAUUUAUAAGGAGUAUGUUGCUAGCCUAUGA